AUGGACCAUAAUAUUAUUGAAAAUGUAUUUCAUUUAAAAAAUGAUGAUUUUUAUAAUUUUGUUAGUGGACUAAUUGGACAACAACUUGUUGGUAUUUUAUGUUUUCAAUCAAUUACUUCUACAAAAUCUCUCAUUCGAAACCCGAAUGUAUUUGAGAUUUUCAAUAUGAAUUGUUCUGGACCUGAUUUUUUAACAAUCAGAGAAAGAUCAUGUUUUCAACUUGAUAAUGGAAAAUAUAUUGUGAAAGUUGGGUUAUUAAAUAAUUUAAACUAUCUGUUAGACUUUUUGGAACAACAACAACAAAACCUAAAUGUUAAAAAUGAUUCAAUUGAAAAAUAUCCUGGUUUAUCUUAUGAAUUUAUCAACAAGCAUCCAUUAUUGAAAAAUUUAAUUGAUUGGUACCUGUUAAUCGAUGAAGAUGAUAGAAUAUGUGAUGAUAAACAUCGAUUAUUAAAAGAAUUUAUUAAUGCAAUUAUCUAUAAUUUAAUUAAAUCAAGUAAUCAUUUUCGAUACAGUGAUAGUAUUAAAGAUUUUGCAUUAUCUUUAUAUAUUUUGGGUGGCAAGCUUACAUAUGAAUUUGUGAGGUUAAAUUUAGCGGGUUCUUUACCAAAUUUAACAAUGUUACAUUCAUUAAUUUCAAAU